AUGCAGCCCAUCGAGGCCGUGCUCUUCGGAAUAUCAACGCUCCUCGUGCUCGCUCGAUUAGCCCUUCGAACAAUACGACAACACCAGAGUCUUACCGUGAGCGAUUGGUUUCUCGUCGCCUCUCUCCUCGAUGCCGCUGCAUUAUUUGGGACCGACACGGCGGCGUAUAAUUUGGGGGGAAUGGACGAGUAUGAUCCGAGUGCGCCGCCGCGGAGUAUUGAGGAUCAGAUCACGUUGAUGAAGGUGUCGUUUGCGGGAAACUAUUUCUACGAUACGGGUGUCUACUUUCCGAAGCUGGCGUUGUUGGCGCUUUACUUUAAGCUUAUUCCACAGACGUUACCACUGCUACGCAAGUUUCUUUAUGGAGUUACUGCUUUGACGGGGUCGUUUAUGCUCACGACAUGUUUCUUGGAUACGUUUUGGUGCGGUGCCAACGUAUCUGUCAAUUGGGAGAUUGAUGGAGACUGCAGCACGUUUGACUCGAAGACUGUCUUUCGGAUUGAUUGGGUCAUGAAUCUCAUCUCCGACAUGCUUGUAUUUGCACUACCUUUUCCACUUCUUUUUGGCCUGCAACUCAGUAGACGGUAUAAGGCUGGUCUGGUCGCAAUCUUUGCAUCUGGACUCAUCACAUUGGGAGCAAGCAUCGGAAGAUUUGCAACCGUCGAGGCAAUUCAUGCCUGGACCAAUGUCUCCGUCUCAGACGUCCUCUCAAUGACAGAGAUCGCCGCCGCCAUAGUCGUCGUAUCCCUUCCCGCCCUCAAAUCCCUCCUCCACGGCCUCGGCCUCCGCUCCUCGAAGCAAAACACCACGCAGACAGGCUCAGGCUACAACAAACACUCAGGUACAGUGACGACAUCGAGUCACUUCAACAAGCUGUCCAGCGGCCGUGACCAUCACCACAGAGAACUGUACGCCUCCACGGCACGCGUGGCGGCGGGCGCCGAAGAAGACUCCGGCAGUGAAGUGGAGCUGACCAACCUUCAAGGUAUCUACAAGUCGGCCCGCAUAAGUGUGACCUACCAGCGAAGAGAAGACGGUGACUGGCAGGGUAAUUCGGGACGGGGAUGA